AUGGAUUUGUAUCCCGAACGAGAUGGUGUAGAUCCAGAAGACCUGCAAGCUCAGGUUGAUCAGCUGUAUUCACAUAUUCUUGCAAGUGUGGAUGUAAGUCUUGAUGAUGAUGUCGACAACUCUCGCCGUAGUUUUAGUUCAAGGAGAUCAAUGACUGUUGGUGGUAGUAUGGAAGUGAAGCAACGUUCACAGCAAACUGUUUCAUUGGCUACAGAGCGUCGUAGCAAACUUCUUAUGCGUGGUGUGAGUGAAGGAACGAAGUUUGUCUCCGUCCCUGAUUGUUCUUGCGGUGAAGGUGGGGAGAAAAUAUCUUUCUCAGCUGACUUAACGACAUCCACAAAAGCUGCCGCUGAGGUGAGGGAUGAAGGUGAGGGUUGUUUGUGUAGUUGUCAUCACUCACCAUUGUGUUGUGCUGCUCACCACCCUUUACAUGCGGUUAAAGAAAAAAAUAGUUCUUCAUCUUUUUCAAAGCAUAUGAGCAAAACUAUUCUGCGGCCCGGUGCUGCUGGUGUAUUACCACAGUCUCUACGACGUCAACCACCAUCCACAUUUGGUAGUGGCCGUAAAGGAAUGUCAGAGCCAGUGAAGAAGAAUAGCACACCUGGACCAGGGUCUUAUUUCUGGAAUGAUGAUCAUGAACUUCAUGUGAAGAGUUCUAGUAGUGUACAUCGAACGUUAAGUGGUCGAGGUGAUGGUAGUGGUGGUCGUCAAGAAACACAAAAAGUGUCUAGUAUGAAAGAGGAUUCAUUGGAAGUGUUAAAGCGUCAGUUUUCAUUAACGUGUCAAUGUUAUUGGAAGGAGUUUCCUGAUAUUGAGAUACCGACAAAUCCUUCAGCUCACGCUGUAAAUUGUCCUUAUCAACAUAUUCGUACAACUUCAAUAAAGAGUAGUGAUAGUAGUCGCAGUUCACAAAGUAGUUAUAGCGAGAACUCUUUCCCUGAAGUUAAUAAUAAUAAUAAUAAUAAUAAUAAUAAUAAUAGAAAGCAUCGUUCAAAUGCAGCUCCAGUUGUGGUCUCUCCACGUCGUGGAGUUUGCAAUAGUACUAAAAAAGUGCGAGGAGCCGUCUUUGGAACUUCACCUCGUCGAACGAUCUUUGCAGAGCAGCAUUUGUUACAGCAAAGUGAAAAUACACUGAAUGAAAGUGGUAAACCAACAUCUCGAGAAGGUGCAAAAAGUAUGGAAAAGAAUGAGAAUAUCCCCAAAAAUAGAAAAAACUCUUCUUUGCGGAAUUUAACACCUUCUCGUCAACUACAGUUAGGAGAAGUAGAUACCGUACCUGGUCCUGGAGCUUAUAAUGUUUCCAGUGCUUUUGAUGUGGUUGCAAAGAAAGAUAAAACAAGGGGAGUAUCUAUUGGCCGUGCAGCACGAAAAUUACACACCAUGACAGAAUCUCCUGGUCCAGGUGCAUAUUAUACAGAUACGACAGGAGGAAAAGAUGAUCAAUCUAAAAAGAAGAAUUAUUUUCUCACAUCAAGUCCUCGUCGAUUGCAACUAUCAGCUACAACAAAAGAAGAAACUGGUCCUGGUCCAUGUGAAUACAGUACAGAAAAAACAAUAUUAACAGAUGCACGACACAAAAAUGCUCCUGCUUUUUCUUUUGGUCGAGCGAAAUUACCGGAAUGUGCGAAAACGCUUUUUCGUGCCUCACCUGCUGAAAAAGUAGAUGAUAUCCCAGGUCCAGGAACAUAUGAUAUCUCUACGGUAUCACAUGAAACAGGUGGAGCUCCUGUAUCAGGACGAACUGCCAUUAUAACAACUGCGAGACGUAAUGAUGAUAUGUGGCGUGGGGUGUAUUAUAAACCUGAUGAUAUCCCAGGUCCAGGAACGUACACAGUGGCCAAAGAAGAAAGAGGACCUGCUUAUUCUUUGGGAACUCGACCAACUGAAUAUACAGAACCAACUCCAGGACCUGGACAGUAUAUGAUUCCUGAUGAAUCUUCAGGUCCUCAAUGGACUAUGUCCGCACGGCGAUCAUCGCCAAAUAUUAAGGAACCUUCUCCUGGACCAGGUGAAUAUUUUGUUCCUAUUUACGAUUUACGACGAGAACAUUCAAAGGCACCUCUAUUUACUACUGCUCCACGUUUGUUACAUGAUGAUACUAAUGAAGCUGCUAAAAAUCCAGGUCCAGGUAAUUAUGAUAUCACUUCUACCAUGGAUGCAGCACGUACAGUUGUUAUGGGAACAGCUGAACGUACAACUAAUCUGGAAGGUGAAAGUAGUGAAAUACCAGGACCUGGAUCAUAUAUGGUACAACAUUCUACACAAGAACGACGUAUUGCAGUGCCUAUUCUUGGAACUUCUUCACCGCGUUUCGAAAGUGAAACAGUUAGUGGUUCUGUUAACCCUAAUUUAGGACCUGGAUAUUAUGAUUUAGAUGCUCAGAGUAAAUUAAUGAAUCAACGUAGUGCUGUUCUUGGGAGUGCACCACGUACGUCAAGUUUUAUUCCACAAGAUAUGACGACAGAUGCCGGUCCAGGAUCUUAUGAAAUAGUUGUACCAAAGGAUGGUCCAUUUUUUUCAAUUGGGCAACGAUUACCAGAUAACACUGCAGAGAAAGAAAUAACACCUGGACCUGGAGUAUAUGAUGUACAAGAAUUAACUACAGGAAGAAGUGCUGUGGUAGGAUCUGCGGCACGUUUUCAACCUAGCGAAGAAGAAAAAGCGAGUAAUGAAGUACCUGGACCUGGAGCUUAUACAACUGUAGUUCCUCCUAUUAGUUCAUCACCAGCGGUAAUUUUUGGUACAAGUCCUCGUAUGUUAGAACCUGAAGGGAAUGGAGAGAAUAACUAUAGUAAAAAUAAUCUUGGACCUGGUAAUUAUGAUCCACAGGAUAUUAGAGGAAAUAUACCUGGGGCUGCAUGGGGUACAAGUUUACGUUUUACAGAAGAGAAUGGACAGAAGGAGAUACCUGGACCUGGAGCCUAUGAAAUUUUAUCACAAUCACCAGUUCAAAAUAUAAUUUUUGGAACAGCAGGUGAAAAAUCUAAUUGGCUCGUUCCAACAGGUGUAGCCGAUCAACCUGGACCAGGAUCCUAUAUCCCACAAGAUCCAAAAGAGCGAGGAACAUCUACAGUAGUUUUUGGUUCUUCACCACAGCAUAUGCUUUCACCAGAAGAACGAGAAAACCUUAUAAAGACAAAUCUUGGUCCAGGUACUUAUGAUGCUAAAAUACAGACUCCUCAUGCAUUUCACGCUACUUUUGGAAAUACAAAAGUGGGACGAAUUGAAGAAAUGCCUAUAGACCCAAUACCUGGACCUGGUCAAUAUAGUCCAGAGAAUGUUAAUAACCCUUCAUCACGAACCGUUGUAUUUGGCACAGCUUCUCGAAAUCAGCUACAAACUGAAGGUAAUGAUAUUCCAGGACCAGGCGCAUAUGAACCAAUGGAUACAUCUAAUACUGGUGUACAAUCAGGGCCUGUAACAUUUUCUACUGCUGUACGGUUUGAUAGUCCAGAGUUAGUAAAAGGUAAUAAUGGUAAUAAAGGUGAUACUCCAGGACCUGGAGCCUAUUCUUUAGAGCGAUAUAUGGAAAGUACAACAAGUGGUGGUGCUGUUAUCAUUGGGACAGGACCUCGCAUUCUUGAUCAUGAACAGCGGGAACGUGCACAAUUACCUGGUCCAGGCCAGUAUACACCACUUGAUACUGUAACGAUGGCGAAAACAUCUGUUUACACGUUUUCUACAGAACCUCGUAUGGCAGUAAAUGGAGGAAAUGGAUAUAAUAGCAAUACUAAUGCACCAGGUCCAGGAGCAUAUGAUGUUGCUGUUCCAACUUUUACGGCACCAACUACACGUUUCGGAACAGAAGAACGUAAAUUGGAACCAUCCACUUUAGAAGAAAUUCCAGGACCUGGAACAUAUGAUGUAAAUACAGCUGUAAGAGCCAUUUCUUCUACUGGGCCUUCUUAUCUCUUUCCUACUGCACCUCGGGAAUUACCUGCUAAUUCAAGUGAUACACCAGGACCAGGACAAUAUGAGGGUAACCUAGUAGAAACUUUUUUGGGAGGUGAUACCAAAGCACCAUCCUUUCCUACAGGACCCCGUUUCUCUGAAGUAAAGAAUAAUAAUCUUCUUCCUGGACCAGGACAAUAUACACCUAGUCAUCCUCAGUGGGAAGCGUCUAAAGUGUAUUCUUUUUCAACUGGAGGUAAACAACCUUUAAAUGGUGAUGAGGUUGAUUUUCCUGGUCCAGGUACAUACAGUCCGAAUCAAAUAUUACCUUCUUCUGGUGCCCCUAUCUUUGGUACUGAACCACGACGUAUAGGAUUAUCAGCAGAUGAUCUUGGUAAUGUCGAUAAUGGUACUAGUAAUAAAAAUAAUAAUAAUAAUAAUAAUCCAGGUCCUGGAUAUUAUAAUGUAACGUUACCACCUAGUGGACCUGCUGUUAGUUUUGGUGUUGCUACAAGAGAGAUAAUGCAGAAUAAGAAUGAUGAAGGUGCCCCUGGUCCAGGAACAUAUGAUGUGGUUUCUAGAGUACCGGAAGGACCAGUAUUUUCAAUGCAUCGUACAGCCCCACGAGGAACAAGUUUAGCAGAGAUGGAAAAUUCUCAGAUACCAGGCCCUGGCGCUUACUCUGUACCUCCUGUAUUUCCUGCAACAGAAGGUGUAGGAGCAGCUAUUUCAUUUGUGAAAGCAGAACGCUUUCAAGUACCUGAUAGUGCGCAAGAGGGAACACCUGGACCAGGUUUCUAUAGUCCUCAGUAUUUUGAUCAAGCUACAGGAUGUUUUAUUGCUCGUGCACCUCGUUUAGCAGAAGUAAAUGAUGGAAGUGGUAAAAUAGAUAUACCAGGACCUGGACACUAUGAAGUUAACCGGCAUGAUAAUAUUUUUGAUACCACAGUGAAUGGGGGAGUAGCGAUGCGAUUUACGGCUUCUCGUUUUUCAGGAAAUGGAGAAGGAAAUACAUCUGAUAUACCAGGUCCAGCAUCCUAUAAUAUAUCAGAAACUACAAAUGCAGGUACCACUAUAUCGUUUCCACAGGCUCCACGUUUUGUAGUUUCUGAAUUAAAAAAUGCAGCGAUGCAACCAGGUCCUGGUGAAUACAGUAUUCCAUCUUCUUUACAUCCAUCCAUGGGGGCAGUAGCGCAUUCCUUUGGUACCAGUACGAGAAUGGAAUCUCCUACAGACGCUGUAAAUACUCCAGGUCCUGGUAGCUAUGAUGCGAGUCGAUAUGCAGCGAGAUUUAUGUCAGGUCCUGCUUUUACAUUACAGGGGAAACCAACAUACAUAGAUGAAAAAGAGACAGUAGAUUAUCCUGGACCAGGUGCCUAUUGUCCUCGUCCUGUAGAAACAGUUCGUACAACUAGUUUUGGUGUACCGACGACUGUAGAUCCUGACGCGGUAUUUGCAGCACAUGUAAACUCUACUCCUGGACCAGGAACGUAUGUAAUUCCUCCAACGUUAAGUCAGCAAACGGUUACCUUUGGUACAGCAGGACGAAUGACAGAAGUAAAAGAAGAUCUCCCAGGUCCUGGUGCAUAUCUUACAAGUGGUCCAGUUAUUAUACCAAGUCAACCUGCAUUUAGUUUUGGUAAUGCACCUCGUCCAGAUAUUGUUCCAUCUACUCAAUAUGACCUUCCAGGUCCUGGUGAAUAUCAUCAUCCGAUUGAUCCAAAACCUUCUGUACCAGUAUUUACCUUUACUGGUGCUGAACGUUUUAAUGACAUGGAAACAUUAGGAGGUAUUGGUCCAGGACAAUAUUACAACCUUGGAUCUGCAGGAUCUCAGGAUGGACGAGUUUACACUUUUCCAACAGCACUCCGUACAGUAACAGGAACAACACCAACAUCCACAGGUAACAUUGGUCCAGGGGAAUAUUUUCACCCACAUCGUUGGGAAUUAGCGGAACGUGGACCUACUUUUCCCCCUCAAAAUAUCUCACCAUCUACCAAUAAGAAGCGCUGA